GAAUAGGUCGCAGUGCACAGGGUGCAAUUAAAUAAUAUAAUAUAUUUUGAAGGAAUUAAAUAACCGCAAAUACGGCAAUGCGUGUGCGCGACAAACGCAAGCAGCACAAAGAGCAAAAGGCUCAAAAAGGCAGCGAUAAACAAAAGCCAGUUACAGCUGAUGUUGAGGAAAAGCCAAUUAAACCAGCAACAACAGCAGCAGUGGUAACAACAGCAUCAACACCAAUUGCAACAACAACCAAAGCAACAGUAACAACAUCCAAAGCGAUAACGACAACAGCCAAAACACCACCAACUGCAUCAAAGGCAACAGCAACGCGCCAGUCGCCACCAUUGCCGCCAUUGAAUCCUUCGGAUAGGAUUGCUUUUGAUAAUCGCAUCAAGCGAAAAAAUGUCUUAGCACUGAAUGAAAAGGUGGCUGCUCUGCGAGAAUAUGAUCGACAGCCGGUGUACAAGCAUGUGGGCCGAAUGUUCCACUGCAGUCCGGAUCAGAUCAAACGCAUCGUGCAGCAGAAGGAGCAGGUGAUGCGGGCAUGGGAGCAGCGCACCAGACGCUGCCAAGACAACAAAACGCAAGAGCUGAAGGUGGUGAGGGUAUCGAUGCUGGGCAAGGCUGUCUUCGAGUGGAUACGCCGCAUGAUGUACUACAAGGACUUCAUCAUAUCGGAUGGACUGAUACAGAAGAUGGCAUUGCAGUUCAAGAGCUCUAUGGGUCUGAACAACUUCUUUCCGCAUCAGGAGUGGUGCGACAAGUUUCGUGCCACCUACGGCAUACACCACAACGAUACGAAACUAUUGAAGUUUGCGUACUUGCACAGCUCCUCGGUGCAGAUCAAUGAUAUAGUCAAGGAUGUGAUGUCUGAGUGCACGCCAACUAAAGACGUGGCGCCGGAUUUAAUGGACGAGGAUGAAGAGGACGAAGAGGACUUCAACGCUACCGUCAGCAACAGCAGCCAUCUGGACGACGACGAAGGUGACGUUGAUAUCGAUGGUGGUGGCGAUAGCUGCGAUCUCGAGCAGCAAGAUGUGAAGCCCUCGCUCAGUGAAUUAAAUGCUCAAAUAUUGCAACCGCUUCCACAAAUUGUGCGACUGCCACAGGUGCCACCCGGCACUUCGCAGAAGGUGCUGCUGGCCACGCCUAUCUUGCCACCAGGAGUAGCCCCCGCCGGGGCACAGACCAUGACUAUCAUACCACUGGCUACGUUGGCGCAAAGCAUUACGCAGCGAACAGUGGUUACGCCACCGAAGAAGCCAGCUAUACCACCACCCAAGCUGGACAUAAAGCAGGAGAUCAAAACGGAGCCCACAGAUACGGACGAUCGGGAGGUGGAGCUGACGCUGGAGCUAGCGAAGCAGCAACAAGAGCAACAGCAACAGCAGUUGCUGCAGCAGCAUGCAGAGCAAGCUACCAGCGAGCAGCCAGUCGCUGAGCAUGCAGCUGUGUGCAUCAAGAAGGAAUUGGACAGCGAUGGCGAAUACAUCGACGAUGACGACGAUGACAACGGUGGCCGUUCCAGCGUUACCUCCUUGGCUGAAAUAUUGGCCGCCAACGUGGAUGAUGAGAAGCAGUACAUUGAGCAGACACGUGCCAUGCGCCAGCACAAACGAGGUCGUAGUCCAGCGAGAGAGAUUGACACGCCCAUGAUCACAUUGCCGCCCAUGCCCACGUUGACUAAGGCGCCAUCUCAGACGCCGACGGCGACUCCGCCUCCGCAGCAGCCGAAGCGUCGACGGCUGGAACAGGAGCAGCAGCUAAUGCUGCAAUCGCCGCAGCCGCAUGACAAGAACAACAAUGGUCAAUCGAUAAUUAGCUGUGGGGAGGCUCGCAAGUACCUGAAGCUAUUGAAAGAGUUUGCCACGUUCAGGAAAAACACGCGGCUUAUUGAAUUAACAACGCGCGCCGACGAGGUCCUGUGGGAGCUGGACGACGAUAAGGAUUAGGAGUAGUCAUAUAUGAUGGAUGAGUGUACGGAUAUAUUUAAGAGCUAGUAGCACAUCUCGAAGAUGCAAAUGGAUGCAAUCAAUCAUAGAAUACUUGUAUAUUUUUAAUUACGUGUACUUUUACCAAAUACAACAAACCAAAUAUAGCACCUA